CGUUUCUCUCGACAUGCAGAGUCUAGAAUACAGCAACAUCUAUAUAAUAGUAAUAAUAGUAAACACAGAGAAGAAGAAAGAGAGGUCAAAAGACUCAAAACCAUGUCCGGUAAUAAUAAGAUCUCGACUCUUCGAGGCCUUGUCAUCUUCUUGUACAGGUUUUUCAUUCUCCGUCGUUGGUGUCAUCGUAACCCUAAACAAAAAUAUCAAAAAUGCCCUUCUCACGGCCUCCACCAAGCUCACGACCUAUCACCUCACACAUUGGUCUUUAACGUCGAAGGAGCUCUACUCAAAUCAGACUCCUUGUUCCCUUACUUCAUGGUUGUAGCUUUUGAAGCCGGAGGGGUGAUAAGGUCAUUUUUCCUCUUCAUUCUCUAUCCGUUUAUAAGCUUGAUGAGCUACGAAAUGGGCUUGAAGACGAUGGUGAUGUUGAGCUUCUUCGGAGUAAAGAAGGGAAGCUUUCGAGCCGGGAAAUCAGUUUUGCCCAAGUAUUUUCUAGAAGAUGUUGGGCUCGAGAUGUUCCAGGUUUUAAAGAGAGGGGGAAAGAGUGUUGGUGUCAGUGAUUUACCACAAGUUAUGAUUGAUGGUUUCUUGAAAGAUUACUUGGAGAUUGAAGUUGUGAUCGGGAGAGAGAUGAAAAUGGUUGGUGGUUAUUACUUAGGCAUCAUGGAGGAUACGCAGAAACGUGAGCUUGCUUUUGAUAAAGUGUUUCAAGAAGAGAGACUAAGUAGUGGUCAUGUUAUUGGCAUCACUUCCUUUAACUCGUCCACUCACAGAUCUCUGUUCUCUCUAUUUUGCCAGGAGAUUUACUUUGUCAGAAAUUCAGAUAAGAAAAGUUGGCAAACCUUACCACGAGAUCAAUACCCUAAACCACUGAUCUUCCACGAUGGUCGCUUAGCCAUCAAGCCAACACCAUUAAACACACUCAUAUUAUUCAUGUGGGCACCAUUCUCCGCCGCCUUAGCCGCUGCAAGACUCAUCGUCGGCCUAAACUUACCUUACUGCGUAGCCAAUCCUUUCCUAGCCUUUUGCGGUAUCCACCUAACACUAACCGUCAGCAACCACAAGGACCUAGCUUCUUCCGACCGGAGAAAAGGUUGUCUUUUUGUGUGUAACCAUAGAACGUUACUAGACCCACUUUAUAUUUCAUACGCGCUAAGAAAGAAAAACAUCAAAGCCGUUACGUAUAGCCUAAGUAGAUUAUCUGAGCUACUAGCUCCGAUCAAGACCGUUAGAAUGACUCGUGACCGAGUCAAAGAUGGUCAAGCCAUGGAGAGAUUGUUAAGCCAAGGAGAUCUCGUGGUUUGUCCGGAAGGGACUACGUGUAGAGAACCGUACUUGCUUCGGUUUAGUCCACUUUUCUCCGAGGUCAGCGACGUCAUCGUACCUGUUGCUAUUGACUCGCAUGUGAAUUUCUUCUAUGGCACGACGGCUAGUGGUCUUAAGGCCUUUGAUCCCAUUUUCUUCCUUCUGAAUCCUUUCCCUUCCUAUACCGUUCAAUUGCUUGACCCUAUCUCUGGAAGCAACUCGUCGACGUGUCGGGAACCUGAUAAUGGAAAAGCUAAGUUCGAGGUAGCUAAUCACGUGCAGCAUGCGAUAGGGAAUGCGUUGGGGUUCGAGUGCACCAACCUCACGAGAAGAGAUAAGUACUUGAUCUUGGCUGGUAAUAACGGAGUUGUCAACAAAAAAUAAUUUGGGUAGUUUUUUUUUUUCAUUCUUAAUUAGGACUUUUUUUUGGUGUGACUUAAUAUGC